AUGGCUGGAUUUAUGUGUAAAAGGUUCGAGAAUAUAUGGAUUGCUUUUCCCGAUACAUUGAGUAAUGGAAACUAUCAAUUUAAAGAUUAUGAAAUUAUCAAUUCAUAUUGUAAUAAUAAUUGUACGAAUGAGCUCGAUAAAGUUAAUGCAAUAUGUUUAUGGUUGUUUGAGAAAAAUUUUGAGAAUAAUUCUUCGUUUGUGAAUAAUGCAAAAAGUAAUAUCGACAUUGUUGAAUACAUUAUCAUAUGGUUAAGUUAUAUGUUAAGCCUAAAAUCACAUGAGGAAAUCACCAAUAUAAAUGAUUUUUAUGUAAAAUAUAUAAAGGAUGAUGCGAAGUAUAAUAAGAAAAUAGAUGGUGUUAAUGCUUAUAAUAGUUAUAAGGAUCUUAUAGAUAAAAAACAAUAUUUGAUGAACAUAAAUAAGAACGUUAUAUAUAAAUUUUAUAAUGCAUUAAAAUCAUUAUGUAACAUGUAUAAUGAAUUUAAUGAUGACAAUCCAGAUUGCAAGACAUAUUCAGAAAAAGCUAAAGAAUUUGUUGAAAAAUAUAAAGAACUUAAUGAAUAUUAUAAUAAUACUAAAGGAAGUCCCUAUGAUCAUGUAUUGUCUACAUUAUCAAAUGAUUAUAAUAUUUUAAAAAGCAAAUGUGAUUCUGAUAAAUCUAUCAAUUUCCCAUCUCUUCCAACUUUUUCACGAAGAUCAGUAAUAAAAAGCACACUAACUUCAAUUACAUUUAUAUUUGUUGCAGUAUCAAUUUUAUUUGGAAUUUCUUAUAAGUAUUCGUUAUUUGGAUUUCGGAAACAAUCUCAAAAACAACAUUUAAGAAAAAAGCUAAAAAAAUAA